GCCUGGAAUCCAGGAGUUUGGGACUAUCACUGUGCAUUCAAUAGCAUGUUCAUGGGACCUUUCUGCAGCUGGUCUGGGAAGCUCAUUGCCUUUGGGAGCCAUUAAAUUAAAUAGAUGCUUAAAUCUGAGGAGAAGUGGAGAGAGGUGGCUAGAGUGGCCUAGAAUGACGGAGCAUUAGCACUGUUUGCUGUUAGUUAAGGUAAGGACAUCUGAGUUUAAAUAUGUUUGAUUACCUCCAUUCAGCUGGACUCCUUAGUUGAAUGGAGAAAAUCAGAUGACCCAAGGUAGUUUUGCUUUUUUUAAAUCUGAUUUCCUUAUACCACCCUGGCAUCAUCUUUUGAUGAAUUGUCUGUUCGUUGGUCUCUGUCUUAAAGAGUUUCCCAGUAAAAGCUUCAUUCUUUUCACACUGUAAUAGGAUUAUAACAUGAGAUGACUGCAGUUGUACCUUAGCCAAAAUACACAGCAAUUUACAUGCAGGAUAUGUGAAACCACCUAGAGACUGUGCUUUCUAAAGAUGAGCACAAAGUUCUUCAAACAAGUCCAGCCCACACGGAAAAUGAAAGUUGCUGUAGAUCAAUAAGGAAGCAAGUUUCAAGGCUGGACCAGAAAAGCAGGGAAAUACCUUGCCUCUCUGAUAUCCCCCUUGCAUCCUUACCUACUGAGGACAUUCUUGCGUCAUCUGUUACUGCUUCACUCUGCCUGAGAAAGACUGCUUUGCAGUUUGUUUUAAUGCUGGUCCCCUAAUCAGCUGGAGAAAAGGAGUCACUUAUAUAAGCCAAAGGGUAGGAAACACUUCAGUGAUACUGCUCACCUAGCACGGACUGUUGGCUGACUCCUGACGUCCAGCUUCUGCAUUUGCUUAUCCAAUUUCCUUAGGGCUGUAUUGACUAGGAUAAGUGGCAGUUUGGGAGGCUUUCUUCAUCAUCGUCUUUCUUUUUCAAGGCAGUGGGUGAAGAAAGCUGGAAGGCAUGACUCCCUCCACAGACAAAGAGCUCAACGGGCUUGAUAACCCCAGCUUCAUGAGCGAAGAUGGAAGCCACCAUUGUGCCUCACUGGAUCACGCUGCCCAGGGCCCAGAGAAAGUCAAGGGCAAGGCACAGAGCAACAAGCUGGCCUACACUGUCACCGACAUACCCCCCUGGUACCUGUGCAUCUUGCUGGGUAUUCAGCAUUUCCUGACAGCCAUGGGAGGUCUGAUAUCCAUCCCGCUGAUCCUCUCCAAAGACCUUUGUCUUCAGCAUGACCUCCUCACCCAGAGCCACCUGAUAAGCACCAUCUUCUUUGUCUCAGGAAUUUGCACCCUGCUUCAAGUCCUCUUUGGAGUCAGGCUUCCUAUUAUACAAGGAGGAACUUUUGCGUUCCUGACCCCCACCCUGGCCAUGCUGUCUCUUCCCACGUGGAAGUGCCCUGCCUGGACGGAGAAUGCCACGCUGGUGAAUGCUUCUUCACCCGAGUUCAUUGAAGUCUGGCAGACACGGAUGCGAGAGGUGCAAGGAGCUAUCAUUGUAGCUUCUUGCUUUCAAAUCUUUGUUGGAUUUUCUGGCCUUAUUGGAUUUCUGAUGAGAUUCAUUGGCCCCUUGACAAUUGCCCCCACCAUCACCUUGGUUGCUCUACCUCUCUUUGACUCAGCUGGGGAUAAAGCUGGACAGCACUGGGGCAUAGCAUGCAUGACUAUUUUUUUCAUAGUUCUGUUCUCUCAGUACCUGAAGGAUGUCCCUGUGCCACUGCCAUCAUAUCGGAGAGGCAAGAAGUGCCACUUCUCCCCCAUCUAUGUCUUCCAGAUCUUCCCGGUGCUGCUGGGGCUGUCCCUGAGCUGGCUGCUCUGCUACGUGCUGACGGUGACUGAUGUCCUCCCCACGGAUCCCACUGCUUAUGGCCACCUGGCACGGACAGACACCAACGGGGACGUCUUGUCUCAGGCUCCCUGGUUUCGGCUCCCCUACCCAGGACAGUGGGGAAUGCCAACAGUCAGUUUGGCUGGGAUAUUUGGCCUCCUCGCCGGGGUGAUCUCCUCCAUGCUGGAGUCCAUGGGGGAUUAUUAUGCCUGCGCCCGCCUGUCUGGUGCUCCACCACCACCAAAGCAUGCCAUCAACCGUGGGAUCGGUAUGGAAGGCAUUGGCUGCCUCUUGGCUGGGGCCUGGGGAACAGGGAACGGCACCACGUCCUACAGUGAGAAUGUGGGGGCCCUGGGCAUCACCAAGGUAGGGAGUCGCAUGGUGAUUGUUGCUGGUGCCUGUGCCAUGCUCCUGUGUGGCGUCUUUGGAAAAGUGGGAGCAAUGUUUGCCAGCAUACCCACUCCUGUCAUCGGAGGCCUGUUCCUCGUGAUGUUUGGCAUUAUCACUGCUGUGGGGGUUUCCAACUUGCAGUACACGGAUAUGAACUCCUCCAGAAACAUCUUUAUAUUUGGAUUCUCUGUGUUUGCUGGGCUUGCAGUUCCCAACUGGGCAAACAAGAAUAAUACACUGCUAGAAACAGGAAUCAUCCAGCUGGACCAGGUGAUCCAGGUGCUUCUCACCACUGGCAUGUUUGUGGGUGGACUCCUGGGGUUUAUCCUCGAUAACACCAUUCCAGGAACACAGGAGGAGCGGGGGCUCCUAGCAUGGAAGCACAGCCACAAGGAAGAGGCAGACAAUUCCCAGCUCAUUUCCAAGGUCUAUGAUCUUCCAUUUGGCAUAGGCACUAAAUACUGUGCUGUCUCUUGGUUUCGGUAUCUCCCUGCUUGCCCCAGAAAUCUACCUGGUGGCAAGAAAAUGGAUGAACUGAAGGCUGCUGGACAAGAAAGCAGUGUUAAAGCAAGCUUAGAAAGAGACUCUGAGAUAGGUGCUGAUACAAGGAUAUAAGCUCCAGGCCUGAAGGUGAACUCAUCUCUCAAGCAGAGGUAUGAAAAGUGUGUCUUCAGCCCUCAUCAUUUGAGCUGGAGCAAGAAAAUGACAAUGCCUUUCUUUUCUUAACUCUGCCUCCAGUGCCACUGGUGACACUGAGGGAAUCAUUAUUCUUCUCCCUUCUCCUGCCUGCCCACCUCUAGGAAGAACACAGUUCUGCUUUGGGAAACGUUGGGAAGGAUGUUCAGUUUCCUUCCUUGCACUGAGCCUUGGGGACCCUGAGGAACAGUUACUAGGCUGAAGCAGAGCUCUUCCUUUCCCUUGUCCUGACUGCUCUCAUGACCACAGGAGAAGGCCCUUCUACUGCUUGUAUGCAUCCUUUGGGGUGAGGUUUAUCCCCUCCACCUUAAUAAUCUGUAAUGGCAACGUUCAUCUCUCAGCUUGUGGUUUAUGCCUUUUCCUGGCCAAAGGGAAGAAGAGGGCACCUCUGGGCCAUGACUCAUCUCAUUCCUAUGACACUUCAAAGUCAUGGUGUUGGAAAAGCAGCAUCUAAGGUUAAUGGGAUGAAUUGUCUUCUGAAGUUGCUUCUCCUUACCUACACUGCAGAGGGAUCUACAGACUUUACUUAGGUUACUGACCUGUUAGAAAUAACCAGCUUUACUGAAAGGAAUCGUAAGGUGGGAUGCUGGCAGCCAGCUUCCCCAGGGCACCAAAUUGCACAGAGAUGAAGGAAUCUUCAUCAGAUGAAGGACAAAACAUCUGCUUGGUGUGUGACACACCUGUGCUACUGCUAAGUGCUGUGUGUCCCCACCUGCUUGGGUUUGGUGAUCAUGCAGCGACAGCCACUUCUCUGGAAAACAACGUGCAGACUCUUGCUGCUUUCAGCUCUCAUCAGAAACAGCCUUAACCUUUUAAUAAUGUGACUGUGCACGGUGCUGGCUGCUGGCGACGUGUGAUGAUAUUGCUGUAGCAUUAAGCUGUCAUUUCCUGCACUGAGAUUUAUAUUUAGGUAUAUUUUGGGAAAAAUAAAUAACAUAUGCAA